GCACGGGCGCGAGCGACUGGGUGGGCGGUAGCGGCUUCGGCGCCCUGCGCAGGCUGGAGGCCUCAGAGGCUCGCCAUGCCGGGAGGACUCUAGCUCCCCCAUGGAGUCAGCCGACUUCUACGAGGCGGAGCCGCGGCCCCCGAUGAGCAGCCACAUACAGAGCCCUCCUCACGGGUCCGGCAGCGCCGCCUUCGGCUUUCCCCGGGGCGCGGGCCCCACGCAGCCCCUUGCCCCAACUGCCGCCCCGGAGCCGCUGGGAGGCAUCUGUGAACACGAGACGUCUAUCGACAUCAGUGCCUACAUCGACCCAGCCGCCUUCAACGACGAGUUCCUGGCCGACCUGUUCCAGCACAGCCGGCAGCAGGAGAAGGCCAAGGCGGCUGCGGGCCCCGCGGGCGGCAGCGGCGACUUCGACUACCUGGGCGCCCCCACGGGCUCCGGCGGCGCCGUCAUGCCCGGGGGGGCGCACGGUCCAGCUCCUGGCUACGGCUGCGCUGCGGCCGGCUACCUGGACGGCAGGCUGGAACCUCUGUACGAGCGCGUCGGGGCGCCGGCGUUGCGGCCGCUGGUAAUCAAGCAGGAGCCGCGCGAGGAGGACGAGGCGAAGCAGCUGGCGCUGGCCGGCCUCUUCCCCUACCAGCCACCACCGCCGCCGCCGCACCCGCACCCACCGUCCUCUCACUUGGCAGCCCCGCACCUGCAGUUCCAGAUCGCGCACUGCGGCCAGACCACCAUGCACCUGCAGCCCGGCCACCCCACGCCGCCGCCCACGCCCGUGCCCAGCCCGCACCCAGCGCCUGCACUCGGCGCUGCCGGCCUGCCCGGCCCAGGCGGCGCGCUCAAGGGGCUGGCGGCCGCGCACCCAGACCUCCGCGGGGGUGGCGGCGGCGCGAGCAAGGCCAAGAAGUCGGUGGACAAGAACAGCAACGAAUAUCGGGUGCGGCGCGAGCGCAAUAACAUCGCUGUGCGCAAGAGCCGCGACAAGGCCAAGCAGCGCAACGUGGAAACGCAGCAGAAGGUGCUGGAGUUGACCAGUGACAAUGACCGCCUGCGCAAGCGGGUGGAACAGUUAAGCCGCGAACUGGACACGCUGCGGGGCAUCUUCCGUCAGCUGCCCGAAAGCUCCCUGGUUAAGGCCAUGGGCAACUGCGCGUGA